AUGACGAGUACCGGGUUUUUAUCACUGCAACAACAAGAAUCACCAGCCCAGACUUUAUCUUACACACCUUGCCAGCCAUACAACAACGACAAUGAUGAGGACGGUGGUGGCAUGCAUGAUAAUAAUAACCGAAAGCUACUGGUUGACCUUGUCCGUGAUCACCAUUCGCUUUACUUUAUGGAACAUCGAGAUCGCCCCAACGUUGUAGCACGUGUCCUUGUUACCUUGCAUGAGCUUGGUGCUAGUAACGAUCAGCUCGCUCGUGUAUAUGAUCAACUUUAUGCUGAGUUGACUCCUUUGAGAAUGGCACCCAUUCAAAUUGACGAGAAUAAUUGGCAAGAGUAUCUAGGCAACCCCAUCUACUAUGGAAAUUACCUCGACUUUUUCGACAAGCAAUUAGAAACGCAUGGCAUGGAAGGUGUCGUUGAACGCUAUCUCUACGAUAGCGUGCUACUUUAUUCUGUGGGGUCCCAACUACAGCCGCUUGUUCAUUUGGCAUUCGGUAUUGAGCAACGACUCCCACUAGUGGUGACACAAGGUUUAGCGUAUUUGGCAAGCACUUUCUUGGAUGUGUCGGAGCUAACAACCAUCCACAACGACAACAAUGACGAUACCAACGCCACGUUCUGGAACGAUGAACAGCUGCUGUUUGACCUUGUGGGUGCUGAUCGUCGUUUUGGUGGCAAGAUUGAUGGCAGCAAUACGUUUCACUCGGCUGUCAAGGUGUUAUUGAAAAGCAAAAGCGAUCUGCUAAAGACAUAUCUAUUCGAGUGGACCAAACGUAACAGACAUCAAACCCUUCAGCAACGUUUGGAUGAGCUUGUUGCUAUGAGCGUACGAUUAAUUACUUAUAGCAGCCAUCAACAGCGUGUGGGUGCCAUUGAGCUUGAUUGGUUUUUGGGUGGUGGGCAAUUGCUUUCAUCCGCCCUGGCUAUCCAAACACUGAUCAAUCAUGCUCCAUCCCACGUUAAUAUCAUGAUGCCCCUCGUCAACUUGCAGUUCCUCGCCACAUUAUGCACGUACAUUGUUCAAGGACGACCUCGUGAUAUGGGUGCAUCAGCUUCCCUAUUCUCAUCCACCACGUCAUUUACUUGGGAGCAAUGCGUUGCCACCAUUGUUGAGUCGGCCGACCCUAAAGCCAUCCUCACCUUACAAGCCUUGAAAAAAGCACAGGAUCAACAUCCUGCCGAUACCCAUCUCUAUCUCCAAACCGCCAACUUCCUUGCUCAUUUUGCUCAAAACGGCACUUGGGUUAAGGGUGGCAUUGGUUGGUAA